AUGCCGACUGGACCGGGGCGGGCCGGCGACCGAGCGUGUGUCAUGGCCCACCCGGUCCUCAGGCGGCUGACCACUCCGCUGCUCACCACGGCCGCCGUCGCCAUCGCGGCGGUCCUCCUGCAGAUUCUGUCGGCUGCACUGGGGGGUGAGGUGGACACCACGUGCCCCGCCGGGCAAGGCCUGUGGCCGAAGGGCACCAGUGACAGUGACAGGACGCAGCAGCUGGAGAACGCCACACGGUGGCUGCACGACCUCGUCGAGCCGGGGCGCAUCAAGGACAAUCUCAGUAUUGGACGGCGCGGGUCGCGUGAAGUUCACCUCGUCCUUGUCCGAUGAUCCGGACCAGCUGGAGAGGGGCGAGCUGCCAGCGUACUUGGCCUUCUGUCCCUCUGGCAAUGUCACCUCGAACGAGCUGGUGUACGCCAACUACGGCCGCAGAGAGGACUUCCGUCUGCUGCAAGAGCUGGGCAUCUCGGUCCGAGACAGGCUGGUCAUCAUGCGCUUCGGCGCCAUGUUCCGCGGCAACAAGAUCAAGAACGCACAGGAGUUGGGAGCCGCUGGAGCCAUCCUCUACACCGACCCGGCCGACUACGGCAACCCGGACAACAGCAGCGACGCCUACCCGGACUCCUUCUGGCUGCCCGACACGGGCAUACAGCGCGGCACGGUGACCUGGCUGGACGGCGACGCGCUCACCUACGGCUACCCGGCCACAGAGGAGGCGUUCCGCGAGCCGGCCCGGCCGACGGCCAACAUGCCGCUGCGGCCGUGCCACACGCUCAGCGCUCGGGACGCGCACAAGCUGCUGGCCAACAUGGCCGGCCCCGAGGCGCCGGCCACCUGGCGGGGCGCUCUCAGCACCACCUACCGGCUCGGGCCGCGGCUGGCACGCGACGACUGGUCUGUGCGUUUGUACGUGAACAACGAGGAGAACGUUAUGCCCACCUACAAUGUGUUGGGUUUCAUCAGAGGCGAUCUUGAACCAGACCGAUACAUUAUCCUAGGUAACCACCGGGACGCCUGGUCAUACGGCUCACUGGACCCGUGCUCAGCCAGCGCCACGAUGAUGGAGCUGGUGCGCGCCUUCGCCGUCAUGAAACGCAAUGGUGACCGCCCCGGAGCCGGCUCUCGGCUUCAGCACGCUGUACGACCACUGGCGUGGCCGCGAGAAGGGCAAUCUCUUCAGCUACAGCCUCGGCUCGCCCAGCGAGCACUGGUCCUUCUACCAGAUGCUCGGCACGCCCAUCGUCUACAUGAUGUGGGAAAUCGACUUUGCACGCUGGAGCUGGAACGACUUCCCGCUCUACCACACCGUGUACGAGACGUUCUCGGCCAUGGCGCACCUGGACCCCGACCGCUGCUGCCCAUAGACGUGCGCGACGUGGAGAAGCCUCUCCGGCUGGGCCUUGACCACAUCAGACGGAGCUACGGCCAGCUGAUGGACCGGCACAACGUGUCGCUCGGCGGUCUGGAGCGGGCCGUGCAGCGGUACGUGACUGCAGCACAGCGGUUUCACAAGAAGAUCAUCUCACGCACCGAUUAUAGUGAUCUGGAGCUUCGACAGAUCAACGAUCAGAUGGUCGGCGUCGAGAGAUCAUUUGUCGAUCCAAACGGUCUUCUGGUCGAUGAACAAAACCGGAACGCCGUGUUCGGCACAGACCCGGACCACGAGUACAACGGCGUGCUGUUCCCAGACGUGGUAGAGACGCUGCUGCAGGUCAGCGAGCAGCCAGAGCGGCCCGAUCUCUGGCAGUCCGCGCGUCGCGCCCUAGCCGCCGCCAUCUUUGUGGUGAACGGUGCCGCGACUUCGCUGGCCGACCCAAGUCAUUUCGUGCGGCCCUGGCCAGAGACUGAGCCAGACCAGACCCUGACCAGAAACUGA